AUGGUUACCAUCAAAGCUACAUCUUGCAUGCCCGACUUUACUUCUCAAGAAAUCCUCAACGGUAGAUUUCAUAUCCUCGACUUUUUGGGUGCUGGGGCCUACGGGAAGGUGUACAAAGCGCUUGACAAUUAUCCCAAGUCUUUUUCGAGUACUCGCUAUUACGCGAUCAAGGUUCUUCUCAAGGCAGAUACACAAUCUCGAGACUACGAAAUGCAGCUACGCGAACUUAAACUACAAAAGAAAGUAUCUCAUCAUCCCAAUAUUGUGACUUUCUGCGGAGCGUUUGAGGAGAAUGACUUUGUCUUCGUGGUACUCGAGUACUGUGAAGGGUACGACCUUUUUACGGCCAUAGUGGACAAGGGACUUUUUGAAGGGAACGAUCAGCUCAUCAAGUCAUCCUAUGUCAAGAUCCUAGACGCUGUGUACUACUGUCAUCAACAAGGCGUGUUUCAUCGUGACUUGAAGCCGGAAAACAUUUUAUGCUCAGUGGAUGGGAGCGAUAUUUGGCUUGCCGACUUCGGUCUUUCAACGAAUAAACGGGCGUGUCAUGAUUUCGGGUGUGGGAGUAAAGCCUAUAUGAGUCCAGAGUGUAUCGGGAAAGAGACCAACAACGUGGUAUAUUCUGCCCCGCUCAACGAUAUCUGGUCGCUGGGUGUCAUACUUGUCAAUCUAGUUACUCGUCACAACCCUUGGAACUACGCGCACAGCAGUGAUCCCUGUUUCGACGCUUUUCUGGCAAAUCGCGACUCUCUGCGCGACGCUUUACCCAUAUCCGAUCCACUCAAUCUCCUCCUGAGACGAAUCUUUGAUUUCAACCCCGUUUCUCGAAUCAACAUUCCUACUCUGCGAAACGACGUACUCUCUGUCGAAACUUUUCACGCCCCCGAUGAACCAAUUGACUCGGACCUCACCUCGUGCGCCGGACCUGUUCAUCCUCCUGAUGGCCAAAUUAACUCAGUAUCAUCUGAGCCGUCACCCAAUAUCGAAAAUAUUCAAGUGGAAGUAGAGGUCGAUGUUGAGGUGGUGGUAGGUUCUCUCCAGGGAGUGAGUACGUCGAACCCUCCUACUUCAUGGACCAACGCAGAGUGGAACGAGCACAAAAAUCGAGCUCUACUGCUACAGGGACUCCCUCCUCGCCCGCACAAAUUGUUCGUCGUCGGCUCUCAAUCCAUAUCUGACUACAGUUCUCAAGAUGACCUCCUCGUUACGCCUCCUCAUGGACCCGUAGAACUUGCUAUUGAAAUACCGGAAAUUUUUGAUGUCAAUCGUGAUCGAAGCUCGUCUUCUGGGAGCCUCCCUCUUCGUCGUCAACCAAGGUUUGCCGUCAGUCCAUGUGUCGCGUUUUUCAAAGACGAGAGAAUGCGAGAGCCGGAACCGAUUCGUAUUGUUAGAAGGAUGGUGGAUGCGUUGAUAACAACAAUUUGA